CCCGUCCGCGGGGCCGCCACCGGGGAGCCGACCGUGCGGACCCGGCGCGGCCUGGGAGCGCCCUGCGCGGCCUCGGCUUCCAGGCGGGCGCGGCCCGAGCGGCGGCGGCGAUGGUCCCGGAGGAGAGGCCGGGCGGCCCGGGCGCCGGCGAGGAGACCCGGCUGCAGGCGGCCGACGGCGGCCGCAAGGGCGGCGACCCCCUGGCGCAGGCGCAGCGAGGCGGGCUGCAGAGCCGCAGGGCCCGCGUCCACCAGCAGAUCAGCAAGGAGCUCCGCAUGCGGGCGGGCGCCGAGAACCUGUACAGAGCCACCAGCAACAGCCGCGUCAGGGAGACCGUGGCCCAGGAGCUGAGCUACGUCAACUCCAGCCUGCAGCUGCUGAAGGAGGAGCUGGAGGAGCUGGACUGUGGCACAGACGCCGACGCCGAUGGGCCCGGGAGUGGAGGCGUCGCUGUCCCGCUGAUCCCCCUGGGGCUGAAGGAGACACAGGAGCUGGACUGGUCAGCAGCCCUGAGGGAGCUGAUCUCGGAGCGCUUCGGAGAGGACGGCGCCACCUACGAGGCGGAGAUCCGGGAGCUGGCCGACCUGCGGCAGGCCGUGCGGACGCCCAGCCGCAGCGAGGCCGGCCUGGAGCUGCUCAUGGCCUACUACAACCAGCUCUGCCUGCUGGACGCCCGCUUCCUCAGCCCGGCCCGGGGCCUGGGGCUGCUGUUCCACUGGUACGACUCGCUCACGGGGGUCCCCGCCCAGCAGCGGUCGCUGGCCUUCGAGAAGGGCAGCGUGCUCUUCAACAUCGGGGCGCUGCACACGCAGAUCGGGGCGCGCCAGGACCGCUCCUGCCCCGGGGGCGCCGGCCGGGCGGCCGAGGCCUUCCAGGAGGCACCCUCCGCAGGCGCCUUCAGCCUCCUGCGGGAGAAGUUCUCGCAGGCGCCGAGCCCCGACAUGAGCCCCGCCUCGCUGCGCGUGCUGGAGCAGCUCAUGGCCGCCCAGGCCCAGGAGUGCGUCUUCGAGGGGCUCUCGCUCCCGGCGCCCGCCGCCCCCCACGACUGCCCGGCCCAGCUGCGGCUGGCGCAGGAGGCCGCCCAGGUGGCGGCCGAGUACGAGCAGGUGCGCCGGGCCAUGGCGCAGCCGCCCGUCCGCGACUACGUGCCGUUCGCCUGGAGCGCGCUGGUGAUGGUCAAGGCCGAGCACUUCCGCGCCCUGGCGCACGUCCACGCGGCCACGGUCCUGUGCGGCGGCGCCCCGGCCGAGGCGGAGCUCCCGGUGCGGGAGCAGGAGGUCCACCCGGAGCCCCCGGACCGCCCUGAGCCCCAGCGCCCCGCCCUGGCGCUGCCGCGGGAGCCGGAGGAGCGCAGGAAGCUGGGCAAGGCCCACCUGCGGCGCGCCAUCCUGGGCCAGGAGGCGGCGCUGCGGCUGCACGCCGUGGGCCGCGCCCUGCGCCGCGUGGACCCGCUGCAGGCGGUGCUGGCCCAGGCGCUGCGGCGCUCGCUGGCCCAGUACUCGGCGCUGGACCUGGAGGACGACUUCUUCGAGGCCCCCGAGGCCCCCGACAUCCCGCCCCGGACGCACCGGCGGCCGGAGGCGCGGGCCCCCAGCUUCUCGCGGGUGAAGGUAGCGGACAUCUUCCACCGGCUGGGGCCGCCGUCCGUGUUCUCAGCCCGGAACCGCUGGCGGCUGCUGGGCCCCGUGCACCUGGCCCGCGGGGAGGGCGGCUUCGGCUUCACGCUGCGGGGCGACGCGCCCGUGCUCAUCGCGGCCGUGAACCCCGGGGGCCGCGCUGCGGCGGCCGGCCUCCGGGAGGGCGACUACAUCGUGUCGGUGGACGGGCAGCCGAGCCGCUGGUGGAAGCACGCGGAGGUGGUGGCGCGGCUCAAGGGCGUGGGCGCCGAGGGCGUGAGCCUGCAGGUGGCCUCCCUGCUGCCCGGCGCCGAGCCCCCGGGCACGGGGGACCGCCGGCCGGCACUGCGGGGGCUUCUGCGGAACCAGGAGCGUAGCUGGGAGCCUGCGGCCCCGAGAGCCAGCCCCAGGCCCCUGCUCGGCUGGAGCCGCAAGGCCAAGAGGGGCAGGCCGGGCGGGCGGCUGUCCCCGGCCCCCCCAGCCCUGAGCUGCUCCGCCCUCCCCUGCUGCCCCAGGGGCUGAGGGGCGGCUCCCCUUCCUGCCCUCCGGCCCCGGAGGACCUUCCAGCCGGUUUGCUGCCCGCCGUGCCCACUGCCAUUAAAGACGGUGUCAGAUGAGAUGUCAGCCGUGGGGACGGGCUGCCCACUCGCCGGCCGGGCUGAGGGGGCUGCUGGGGGGGGGGGGUCUGCCGCUGUCCUUGAGCUGAAGGAGCCACCGGGUGGGGGUCAGCAGUGGGUCCCUGCAGCCAGGUCCUCACUCCCCCAUGGUGGCCUCCCAGGCCCCAGCCGGCCUCUCCCUCCUGCCACCCCCCAGGCCCCGCUCUGCCCAUGUCCCUCAGGGCGGGGUCCACCCUGGGCCCAGCACACCUGCCAGGCACCUCAGCCACACCAGGCUCGCCUCCCUGGCCCCCAGGCUCCAUCGCCCUGU